AUCCUACCCAACGACCUUUUUGCCAGCUUCACCGGUCACUAUCGUUCGUUAAUCGUUACUUCGUUCCUCCCCAUGGCACUUGCAAAGUUGCAGUUGCUGAAAUGGACUGAGAACAAGAAGGAUUAAGGAAAUUGCGGAGCAUUCAACAGAGGAUAAGCUGAUUAUGAUAAAUUAUUCCAAUAUUUUAUCAACAAUUAAUUUCCAGUAAUUUCUUAGCAAUGUUGCAUUGCUUCACUGGUAUAUUUCUCCCUGUUAAUCCCCUUUCCCCACUGAUUUCUCUUCUUCAUUUUCGAUUUCAUCCCGGAUAUUACUCAAUUUUGUACUACAGUUCAUAAUUUUGAUGAUCGUCAAUUGUUUCUUCAAUCUGUUAAUGAACAAUGCAAAUUAGGGUUUUCUGAUUUUGUACAUAUUGUUCAUAAUCUUGAUAAUCGUAAAUCGUUUCUUCAAUCUGUUAAUGAACAAUGAAAAUUAGGGUUUUCCGGUUUCAAAUUAUCCCUUUCCCUCUUCCAUGAAUUGACUUAUUUGCGUCCCCACGUUCCUGUCAUUGUUUUCAAUCAGCUCUUCAUUGCCAUUCUCAAAUUGAAACAGCUUCAUCCUCAUUCUACCGUUAUUUCUAUUGGUAUUCUUGGCAAUUGUUACUGCUAUCGGGGACGGAUUGAUUUCGGCUUCUCCCUUCUUGGUAAAAGGCUUAAGCUUGGCGAUUUCCCUGAUUCUGUUAUCUUCAACACCCUUAUCAAUGGCUUUAUCCAUAAUGAUAAGCUACUGGGAAGCUGCAAAUUUGUUGGAUCAAAUUGUCAAGCUUGGUUUCCAACCUACUGUUUUUACCUUUUCUGCUAUGGUCAAAGGUGAUAAUGCCGGCCUCUGAUAUUGCUCACUAAAAUGCAGCACAACACUAUAAUUGAUAGUCUUUGUAAAGGAAAGGUUCUUAAAACACGCUCUAGACAUGUUCUCCGCUAUGAAAACCGAGGGCAUUCUACCCAAUGUUGUCAAUUAUACUUCCUUGGUUUGAGGCCUCUACAAUUCUGCCUCCCGGAACAAGCUAAGGUUGUAUUUGAUGAGAUGAUACACAACAGUAUAGCACCUACUGUUCAGACCUACAACAUGCUGGUUGACAUGUUAUGUAAAGAUGGGGUGUUGAUCAAGCAGUAGCCAUUCUACAACAUAUGACUGAAAGAGAGGACAUGUUUCAAACAUCAUUACUUACAACGCUUUACUUGACGGUUAUUGUUCGCGUGGUCAGAUGGAAGAUGCAGAAACACUAAUUGAUAUCAUGGCCCAAAAUUGUUGCGAGCCUAAUAUUGUGAGUUUCAGUACUGUGAUAAUGGAUAGUGCAAGACUAGAAACACUGACCAGACCCUGACAAUUUUCGAGGAAUAUUUCAGAGAGACUCCUAAUGCUAUUACCUUUACCACUCUUAUUGAUGGACUAUGCAAAGCCAGUAGAUUUAAACUUGCACAUGAGUUGUUCAGAGAAAUGCGAGUUCAUGGAAUUUCUCCAAAUGUUUUCACGUAUGUUUCAUUGCUUGAUGGACUAUGCAAAAGUGCACGACUUGUUGAAGCUGUGGCAUUACUCGAAAAUAUUGAGGAUAAUGGUGUUAAGCCUACUAUUGUCAUCUAUAGUAUUCUAAUAGACAGUUUGUGUGAGACUCAGAGACUUGAAGAUGCAUCAGAUUUUUUCUCUGAUCUUGUAUUGAAGGGUCUGCAACCUAACCUUGUAAUAUUCACUACAAUGAUUAAAGGGUUCAUGAGGGAAGCGAUUCAAUUAUUGAGGAUAAUGGAAGACGGUUGCUCCCCUAAUGUUGUUGUUACUUAUAAUAUGAUCGUCAGAGGAUAUUUUCUCAUUAAAGACUUGUCAAAUGCAUUGUACUACUGUGAGCUUAUGGUUAGCAAGGGUUUUGAAGGGUGAUGCUGAAACUUUUCCGUUACUUGUUGGCCUAAUUUCUUCUGAUAAUUUAAGUGACUCGGACAAGGACCUUCUUGGGAAGUUCAUCAAGUGACUUGAAUAAGAUAAUUGCAAGUUUGCAACCUUGAUUAGAUUUUGGAGAUAUGAUAAACAAGAAUUCUGCUACAGGUAUCUAAGUAAAAUUCUAUGUCAGCCUUAUUGUCAGAGAUGGCUUGCUUUAUUUAAUCUGUAUAUAGUCCUUGUCUGUGAUUCCUUGUUGCACCAUCUAGCCUUCCUAUUUUUGUCACAGAUAUCUCAAGUGUGAUAACAUCUUUUGAAACCUGGGCAAGGUAAAAAUUGAAGUUUACUUGAAACAAUGCUUUAACAAUGCACUACAGGCUGCAGCUCAUACUGCAGGUACACCUGCAUUUAUGUCGCCUGAGAUUUUGGGAUCUGCUUGCUUCAGAUGGUCCUUCGGAAAUUCUCAUGUUGUGAGUGCACUAACUCAGGUCUAGCUUUGGAAAAAAGCUUACUGCCCUUGGAAAAUUGACUGACCCAAUGGUGAAGUAGUUUAUUGAGAAGAGUUUGGGUCCUGUGUGACCGUGUCAUAGAUAUUGUCAGCAAUUGAUCUCUUUCAAGCCCUGUUCCUUGAUCUGAGUGAUUCUUGAUAUAGCCUUCAUCAUCUAGUUCUCCCGUUCUGAGAUCAGAAUCUGUGGGUUUGUCGUUUCUUAGUACCCAUGAUCUGAUGGCUAGUUCACCGGCUGGUUCUGUCUGAAGUAUUUUGUCAGUGAGACAAAAUAUUCAGGUUAAAGGGGAAGUUGUCGAAGGGUAAUGACUUGGUACUGGCGAUUUAUGGAUUGUGACGUUGGGGUUCAUGCAAAAAAGAUUGAGUUUUGUCUUCCUGAAACUGAUACAACUAAGUCAGUUAAGGAAGAGAUGGCAAAGGAGUUUGAGUUGUUAGCUGGAGAUGCAGCAAUAUUAACUGUGCGUAUGGAUGAUGAAUCUGUUACAUUAAUUUUUCCUGGGUAGAGUAGUUUGGUUGAUGCAGUCUGGUAGAGACAGAAGAUAGGCCCGACUUUAUUCAUCCUAGGAGAAUGAUGCCAAUCAAUAUAAUAACAAGGCUUCAAAACCUGCAAGUGUCGGAUUCGCUAGAACUUCCUGCUGUUGGAAUAUCAGGUGAAUUAUGAUAACCAGCCUGCUGGUAAAUCAUUGCUUGCUGAUUUGAAGUGUAAAGACUCAAGUGAAGUGAAUGUUGUCAUGCGAGUUUAUUCAGCUAAUCUGCUCUAACAAUGUCAAAUAGAUGCCAAGACGAAUAAGAUUAUACAGAAAAUAUCAGACAAGGCAACAAAAGUUGUAAUAAUGUGGUACCAAAGAGGGAGUCUGUGGCUGUGACAAUACAUCUCUUCUCAGAUUUCAAAAAUGCGAUUGAGCUGGUCCAAUGCCAAGAUAGUGAUAGUGACCUUUAAAAUUGCAGGGAGUUGCGUCAGUUUUUCCGAUAAACUUUGGCUUCAUUAAAAUGGAAUGCAAUCAGCGAGAGGCUUAAUGCCACAAGACCCACAGCUUAGACUUGAGGUCAAUGUGAUUAGGAAUUUCCCCCGUCUCCUUAGUUAUUGUUUAAACUUGUAUUUUCUCCGUUUCUCAAUAAUGGCAUCGGUUUGACUUUUUAUCUAUAUACUAAUUUUGACAAUCAAUGAUUAUUAGAGUUUGAAGUUGGUAAUUUCUUGCUCUUCAUGUUACUGCACAUUAACCAAAUAUUUAUGUAUGGCUGUUUUAGUGUUUUGUGGUACUACCUGCUCUUGAUAGUAACUUCCCGGCCCAUUUCUUGAUCAUGCUAGGCGAAAACACUUGAAGCUGGAGAUUAAAAUUCAACUGUUAGAUUUAGUAUCACUGAAUAAGUGAAUACUUCUUACUGUUUCAGGUUAUACAGAGACUUCAGGGGGAAAAACUCAAUCUUAUUAAUACUUGUAUCAGCUAGCUAAGGUUAAUGUGUCAUUUCAGAGCAAGUUGGAAGUUUUAUUUUGUACUCUUGUCACAGCAGGUUCGAAAAAUGCAGAAGCUUUUGGUCUCAGCUUCAGAGUUGAAUGAGGAAAAUGCAUGAUACACAAAACCGAAGAGCAGAUGAGCUGUGGCAAGGCCACCCUGGAUGGAUCUGUGAGGUUGAGUACAAGUAAGCUAUCAGCUUAGUCAUCUGAUCAAGGUUAAGAAAAUACUAAGGUUUUCUUAUGUUUCUCUGCUUUGUCAAAAAUAGUUUCCUACAUCAUGUAUCAUGUUAAGUAACCCCUUAACUACAUGGAUUUGGAUCUUGUACAAAGUCCACCUUAUACCCGGGUAUGGUAUCACGUGCACCUAGAGCUAGGUCCAUCCGGGAGUAAGACGGAUGUACUUAUAUAUCUAUUGUGAGUGUGUGGAAUGUGAAAAGAUUAGCAGAGUGAACGGUUAGGCAAGAAGAUACUUCCUAUGUCCCUUUUAUUCUUUACGUUUGGAAUAUUUUCUUCGUAUAUUCCACAAAAAAAAUGUGUCCUAAUAAAAUACUCAAACAUUGAGUUCACCCUUUCACUCUGCUCCCCUCAUUUAAUUAAUUAAGAACCCAAAUUUUUUAUUAUUUAAUUAAAAAAAUAAAGGAAUCAAAACCCUUGGGACGGAUGGAGUAGUAUUUUAUAAAUUAAAAAUUUUCUUUGAUUCUCCCAAAACAAGGAAACCUCCUUUGAGUUGUUCUUAUUAAAAGCUAGUGGCAAUUAUUUUCAGUAAGUUGUCUUUCGUUGACUUUCCCACUGUUUUCAAAUCUUUAUGGGUUAGAGCAAGGAAAUGCUGCAGGGAUAAGUUUGAGUUAGGUGGCUCAAAAAGUUUUGAAAACAAUGUUUUACAACUACUUGUUCCAGAUCAUCUUAGUAGCUCUGUUUUUAUGGGUACACCCAUUUCCAACGGCGGCAUCUACACCACCGACGACGGCUGAUCCUCCCAUUGCAAAACCUGGUUGUCAAGAUAUCUGCGGGAACGUGAGCAUUCCGUACCCAUUUGGAAUUGGGAACAAUUGCUACCACACCCCACCCUACGCGGUUACUUGUAAUACCUCUUUGCUCCCUCCAAAGCUUUUUCUGAGUAAAUUUGAUCUUGAAGUAGCACAUAUAACUCUAAAUAGACAAGACAGUGUUGCUCUGUAUCCACACACCAUAGUAGUGAAAACCCAGUUGCAGAAAACCUGCAACAACAACACCCAAGAUGUGAACAUAAACAGCAGCAUCGACCUUAGUGGGACCCCUUACUUAUUCUCAGGGGAUUUCAAUUCCCUUAUUGUGGGGGGUUGUGGGAGUAGCACACUGUUGUUGGAUAGAAGUGAUACAAUCUUAGGAGGGUGUGCAACAGCUUGUGAUAAGGUUCAUAUGGUAACGAACAAAUGUACUGGUCGUGGGUGUUGCAGUAUUGAUCUUAAAACUUCACUGGAAUUCUACCGUGUAAACAUUUCCAGUUAUGGUGAAGGUGUCAAUGAUUGCACCAACACUAUGUUGAUUAAUAGGACCGUGAUUGAAAACGAGGUGGUCAAUCCAAGUCUGUCAGAGUUUGCAGUAGUCCCGACUGUUCUGGAAUGGGCGUCCAAUAACAUAACAGCGGAUUCUGAUAAACUCAACAGGAAUUGCUAUCCUGUUGCAAGUCCUCCAGAGAAUUAUGUUUGUUACUGCAAUUAUGGGUAUUAUGGGAAUCCUUAUCUUCCUUCUGGAUGUCAAGUCCCAAGAGAAUGCAAGGGAUGCAAACAAGGGUGCUUCAAAGAAGGAAGCCAGUAUCGUUGUAUCCGCAGCAACCAUGGUCCUAAAACACGGCUGAUCAUUUUGCUUGUUCUUGUUGGUUCUAUAGUUGGCUUGAUGCUGUGUACUGGAAACAUAAGCUGUAUAUACCUUUGUAUUAAGAAAAGGAGGCAUAUCAAGAUGAAGGAGAAGUUCUUUCAGCAAAAUGGAGGUUUUUUGUUGAAACAACAGCUAUCUUUGAAUCAAGGCUACAACGAAUCAAUGAAAAUAUUUACUACUCAUGAGCUGAGGGAAGCCACCAACAAUUACAGCAAGCAUAACAUUCUAGGACGAGGUGGUUUUGGUACGGUCUAUAAGGGAAUUUUACCCGAUAACCAAGUAGUUGCAAUUAAAAAAUCCAUGGUUAGUGACCAGAGUCAAGUUGAGCAAUUCAUCAACGAGGUAAUCAUUUUAACCCAGAUUAAGCACCGAAAUGUGGUGAAACUCUUAGGAUGUUGCUUGGAAACUGAAGUGCCCUUAUUGGUUUAUGAAUUCGUCUCCAAUGGAAAUCUUUUCGAACACAUACACAACGAUGGUGCACGUUGGCUCUCUUGGGGUAACUGUCUGAGAAUUUCAACAGAGUCUGCUAAUGCAAUUGCUUAUCUGCACUCUGCAGCUUCAAUGCCUAUAAUCCAUAGAGAUAUUAAGUCAUCCAACAUUCUCUUGGAUAGUAAUUUCACUGCAAAAAUAGCAGAUUUUGGAGUUUCGAGACUAGUUUCCAUUGAUCAAACCCAAGUUACAACCCUAGUUCAAGGAACUUUCGGGUAUCUUGAUCCUGAAUACUUUCUGACAAGUCAUCUGUCUGAGAAGAGUGAUGUGUACAGUUUUGGAGUCGUUCUUGUUGAACUAUUAACAAAGAGAAAACCGAUUUCAUGGGAGACGGGACUUGAAGAUAGAAACUUAGCUAUGCAUUUCAUUAGUUCAGUAAAAAACAAUCAGUUCUUUGAUAUUCUUGAGCCUCAACUCUUGAAGGAAGCAUCUCAGGAACAGCUUGUUACUAUUGCAGAACUUGUAGAGAAAUGUCUAAGUGUAAAAGGAGAAGAUCGGCCAUCCAUGAAGGAUGUUGCAAGGGAGUUAGAAGGGUUAAUGAGGAAGGUAAAGGACUCUCGGUCUGAUCAACACAACGAAGGGGAACAUGUCUUGUUAAGUGAAUCCAGACACCCAAGUUUUCAGCCCUUUGAAGAUCAGAAUAUAUCUCGCCAGUUAAAUUUUGAGAAGGAUCUGAUUAUUGAGAUGAGCUCUCCUCGUUAGCUCAUCGAGGGAAUUCUUUUGUUAAUAUUUCAGACAUAAAUUCUUAAUUCUUCAUAUAUAAGGUCUUCAACCAACUCAAGGAAACAAAAUCACAGAUAUUACAUUCCGGUUUUCUGAGCAGCAGAUGCGUGUAAAAAGGUCAGGUUAAGGCAUGUUUCUGAACUUCUCUGUCUGACAUAUUACAGCUUCUGAGUUCUAGAUUAUUUUCUUCUUAUUAUUAGUAUUUUUUGAGCAAGAACAAUUCUUGCUGUUAGUGGCUGCUUCAUGUACAUUUAUUUUCCGCACUCUUCUUUUCUCAACUUUAACUACGUUCUAAUGUUUCUGUGAAACAAGUUAUCUACUUCUCUCGCGUUAGUUAUAGCAGAGAUAUGUACUUGGUCGGUCU